AGUAAUCAGACACCACUUCAUUUAGCUGCAGAAAAUGGAUGUGAUUCUACAGUAGAAAUACUCCUGAAAACAGGUGUGGAAAAAGAUCCACGUGAUUACUGGAAAAAAACACCACUUCAUUUGGCUGCUGAAAAUGGAUGUGAUUCUACAGUAGAAAUACUCCUGAAAUCAGGUGUGGAAAAAGAUCCAGGUGAUGACUGGAAUCGGACACCACUUCAUUAUGCUGCAAAAAAUGGAUGUGAUUCUACAGUAGAAAUACUCCUGAAAACAGGUGUGGAAAAAGAUCCACGUGAUUACUUAUAUCGGACACCGCUUCAUUUGGCUGCAGAAAAUAGACGUGAUUCCACAGUAGGAAUACUCAUGAAAGCAGGUGUGGAAAAAGAUCCACGUGAUGAA